AUGCUGUUGCAGGUGUGUAUCUGCAUGGACCGCUACAUGGCCGUGGUCCAUCCCAUCCUCUUCACUGGAAACCGGGACAAUAAGAUCCGUUUUGGGAUUUCGGCGGUGGUUUGGGGUCUGAUCCUCGCCUACGCCCUCACCAAGAGCAUCCUGGGGGUCAUGAGCGUGAACGAGCUCUUCAGCGGACUCAUCCUCUUCUCCUUCGCCCUCAUGGUGUUCUGCAACCUCUCCGUGAUCUGGGCUCUGCGGCGCUGCGUGGCCGGGAAGGAGGAGAUGCACCCGGUGAAGAGGAAGGCCUUCAAGAUGGUGCUCAUCAUCCUCGCCAUCAUCGUCUCCAACUACCUGCCGCCCGUCGCUCUCAUGCCCUUCGUGUCCUACUACAGCUUCGUGGCGUUCAGGUGCCAGAUCAGCAUCAGCGUGUUCUCCAUCAUGGACCUGAGCUGCAGCAUCGAACCGCUCCUCUACAUCACCAAGAUGGACCGGGGGGACGCACGCUGCUGCGGACGCUGCUUACACCGGAGGAAGAAGGAGGAGGAAGGGAAGGUGUGAUCGAGACGAAGAGAGAGGUUUCUGUUUGCAGACGUUCCUUUUCUCUUAAAUAAAAUAAUAUGAAACACACAGAGAUGUUUUUGUUUACAUUUAAAU